AUGGAUUUCUCGAGAUCGAGUUUUUUAUCAUUGGGCGAGAGUAUCUGCGCAGCAUUUAUACCGUUUAUAGCGAUCAUAGAGGUGUUGGUUUUUGCUGUGACCGAUUGCUUUAGCUACCGUUCGGGCGAAACCAAAUGCAAUUUCGCUUUCGGCGAUAUGUCUGUCCUCGCCGAUGAAACUAGAUUUACUGUUGAUGAGCUGGAGGCAUUGUAUGAGCUGUUUAAGAAGCUGAGUAGUUCAAUUAUCGACGACGGAUCGAUUCAUAAGGAAGAGCUUCAAUUAGCACUAUUCAGAACUCCCCAUGGUGAAAAUCUUUUCCUGGACAGGGUUUUUGAUCUCUUUGAUGAAAAGAAAAAUGGUGUCAUUGAAUUUGAUGAGUUUGUUCAUGCACUCAAUGUCUUCCAUCCAUAUGCCCCUAUAGAUGAUAAAAUUGAUUUUGUAUUUAGGCUCUAUGAUCUGAGACAAACCGGGUUCAUUGAGCGAGAAGAAGUUAAGCAAAUGGUGAUUGCCAUAAUGAUGGAAUCUGACUUGAAAUUGUCAGAUGAUCUUCUUGAGUCUAUCAUUGAUAAGACAUUUGCCGACGCUGAUGCUGACAAAGAUGGUAAAAUUAACAAAGAAGACUGGAAGGCUUUUGUGUUUCGACAUCCAACCCUGUUGAAAAACAUGACUCUUCCUUAUUUGAAUUACAAUCUGCCUUGUGUUUGA